AUGCUUCCCACCGGAGCUGGAGCAGAGACCUACGACUGGCAUUUGGACAUGCAACUGACCAGCAAGGUGGUGCUGUCUGCAGCUGCGCUGCUCCUGGUGACUGCGGCUUACAAACUCUACAGGUCCAGGCCUGCCCCAGCUGGGCAAGCAGGGAGAAAUAACAAGGCAGAUGAUGACGCAGAGGGCUGGGGGCAAGCUGCCUUCCAGAGGGCUUCUCCAGGGACCCUGCCAAGGGGGACAAGACGCAGGAAGACCAGCAAGGGGGCUGGGGCCCCGCUGGACGGCAGCUUGGACGACCCGGGAGACUCCUGCCAAGUGGUCACCCCCAGAUCUGGGGAGUUCACAAGGAAAGGUUCCAGUGAGAAUCAGGGAGGGGAGAGCCCAGUCUCUCAGCAGGUGCCUCCUCCCUGCGGUGGCCAGGAAGAAGCCGGAACAGCUGCUAGAGGUAAGCCCAGCCCUCCCCACCUCCCCCAUUUGGGCUGUGAACCCAUAAAUUCCCCAGCCAGACUUGCCCCAGGAGUGGGCUGCUGCUGGAUGGGUGACAAGAGCUCUCCAUGGCCAGACAACAGACCCCCAGAGCAAACAGGGUCUGGGGACCCGGGAGCCCCCAACUGCUGCACUGAUCCCACAGUAGUGAGCAGUGACAUGAAACAGAGCUGGGCCUUCACCCAUGUGACAGGGGUCAGCAGAGGAGAGGCUAGGGCCCUCCAGGCUGCUGCAGACAUGGGCCUGGCCACGCAGCAGCGGGAAGGAGCCACCAAUGCCUCCUACACCUUCUCAUCCGUGGCCCGGAUCCGGAUGGAGGAGAAUAUUAUACAGAAGGCAGAGGGACCGGGGCCCAUACUGAAGGGCAGGGUAUAUGACUAUUUUGUGGAGUCCACAUCCAAGGCUGUCUCCAGGCCGGUCCCCUUCACGGCAGCUCUAAACGAUGCUCCAUCCCCUGGGCCUGGGCCAGAGCCCCUGGUCACAGGAGCCAACUCCAGAGACCCAGCUGAUAAUCCAGAGAAUACAGCUGAAGUCAUGACCCCACCUCCUGUGCCAUCCCCCUCCACACCAGGCUUCAGCAGAAAGGUGAGUCUCCUGCAGAUCGCUGAGAACCCGGAACUCCAGCUGCAGCCUGAAGGCUUCAGGACGCCCCCUCCUGCCCACCUGGAUCAGAAAGCUCAGAUAGAUUCAGCCUGUAGCCAUGGGGAGCCCCAUGUGCAACUCAUAGCUGGCACCAAUUUCUUCCACAUCCAGCUCACCCCGGCUUCAGCUCAGGAAGUCCACCUGGACCUGGGCAAUUGCUCCGAGGUGCUAACCUUGGCCAAGAGGCAGGGCCUAGAGGCUCUGAAGGAGGCAGCCUACAAGGUCAUGAGUGAUAACUACCUCCAGGUCCUCCGCAGCACAGCCAUCUACGGGGGCCUGAGUGGGACAGAACGAGAGCUGAUCCUCCAGCGACGGUUCCGUGGCCACAAGCGCCUGGUGGUGGCCGACGUGUGUCCCCAGGAAGACAGUGGCAGCCUCUGUUGCUAUGACAAUGUGCAGGAUGCCUGGCACCCGCUGGCCCAGCUGCCCGUGGAAGCCAUGUCCCGGGGUUGUGCUGUCUGUACUCUCUUCAAUUAUCUGUUCGUGGUGUCUGGCUGUCAGGGACCCGGGGGCCAACCCUCCAACCGUGUCUUCUGCUACAACCCACUGACUGCAAUUUGGAGUGAAGUGUGCCCACUGAACCAGGCCCGGCCGCACUGCCGGCUGGUAGCCCUUGAGGGGCACCUCUAUGCCAUUGGAGGUGAGUGUCUGAACACCGUGGAGCGUUACGACCCUCGAGUGGACCGCUGGACCUUUGCCCCGCCACUCCCGAAUGACACAUUUGCCUUGGCACACACAGCCACAGUGUGCGCCAAUGAGAUCUUUGUCACUGGAGGCAGCCUGCGCUACUUGCUACUCAGAUUCUCAACCCAGGAGCAGCGCUGGUGGGCGGGCCCCACGGGAGGCAGCAAGGACCGCACCGCUGAGAUGGUGGCAGUCAAUGGCUUUCUCUACCGCUUUGACCUCAACCGUAGCCUGGGCAUCAGCGUGUACCGCUGCAAUUCCAGCACCCGCCUCUGGUAUGAGUGCGCCACGUACCGCUUGCCCUACCCUGAAGCCUUCCAGUGUGCGGUGGUGGAUGAUCAUAUCUACUGUGUGGGGCGCAAGCGCAUGCUCUGUUUCCUGGCCGACCACAUCUCGCCCAGGUUUGUGCCUAAGGACCUACAGGGUUUCCCUGCUGCACGGGGCACCCUCCUGCCUACCGUCCUGACUCUUCCUUUCCCUGAUAUGCCUCAAACCCCUGUCUAACAGCCCCUCUGCGGUGCUCCAUGGGGAUGCAGCAAAGCUCUCUGCCCAUCACUCUGGAUAAGAGGUAGAGGCAGGAACACAGCAGAAGGGUAGAAAAUUAUCUCUCCACCAUAGGCUACAGGGCCUUGGGGGAAUUCUUGCACCUCCGUGGUUGGUUGGCAGGCAGGCUGAAACAGUGAAGCCAGAGCCCAGCAUUCCAGGACAGUGGGUGUCCACAACUGUGUGAGCGACAGACCAGCGCUGUACUUCAAAUUAGAAUUCCUGGCAGGGGCGAUUUCAGGACCCCACUGAAACUCGGGACCUUAGGCUUAUCCUGAUCACAGUUCCAGGUGCCGGGGACCCCUAGGGACCCCUGAAGCUGCUUGACUUUCUGUGAUUUACCACAGACCAGCAUUGGGACCCACUUUGAAGCAUCUAGAAGCAUCUAAAGCACAGGUGGGAACAACUGAAGGCGCAGGUUUGGGCAGAAGCAGGAAGGAGCUCAGGAUAGCCCAGAGGUUCAGCCAGAAGGACUGGCGGAACUAAAACUGAAGGCACCCACGGGGACACCUGUUUGCGGAGCACACUGACCGCCGCCUGCUUUUCUUUUUCGGUUGCCUCCAGUUCUGUGUGCUGGAAGGAAGAGAAGCCUCCAUCUGAGCACAGGUUCUAUGUGAUUACUAGAUGAACAUUAGUCGUUGGUCUGCCGAAGUCUUGGGAGAUGGGGUCCGGAUGUGGUUCUAGACUCCCCUUUUUCUAGGCCACUGCCAUGUCCACCCCCACCUGACCACAGCACUCUCCUCAGAGUUCAGAAUCCUCUCUGCCUGCAGGCCAGGACGGCCACCACUAUUCAGAUCAUCAGCACGGUCCUCUCCAUGUCUGUAGCCAUCCUGUCUGUCAGGUCAGAUGGGAAGGAACAAGGAGAAGCAGGUCCAGGAUGGAGCUAAGGAGAGAGGAGAUCCCAGUGGGACUUCCAAGGAGACCCAAUUCCAAGAGGAAGACAGAGGACCUGGUCUCACCUUUUACUCUGCCAUGCCUGUGUUCCAUUCUGAGGGAGACAAAAACCAACUUUUUGAUGCUCUUGAAACCACCCAGGAACCACGAGGUGUGAGUCACAUUUGGGGUGGGCCUGACAAGGAGGAGAAGAACACUCUGGGCUCUGUGUCCCUUUAAAGUCUUCCCCAGAUCCCACUGAUGACCAAGCAGAUCCAUGGGUAGCCACACAGCUGCUAGAAUUGAGGCUGGGGAACUUUUUGGAAGAUGCAGGAUUGGAAUGUAGAUCAAGGAGGAGGUUGUCAUGGAGAUGAGAAGAGGUUUUUGUUGGACCAUGUAAGGUGACUAUCCCUGGCUGAGGACCUGGGGGGAGGAAGCAGCUGACUGAUUCUCAAGUGAGAACUGAGUGAGAAAGGCUAUCUGGGCCAUGGUGGGUCUUCAGGGAGGGAAUCCUGCCCUCUGCCAACUGAUGUCAAUACUCAGGCAUCAACCUCUGUGGGAGGGAACGCUUCAGUAAAGAGAGUCAAAGAAAGUUGUGGGAUAUUCGUAUGCCGUGUGAAAAUGUAUUGCUAUGAUUGGUGCAAUAAAAAGCUGAACAGCUAAUAGCUAGGCAGGCGGUAUAGAUGGGACUUCUAGGCAGAGAGAGAACUCUAGGAAGAAGGCAGAGCUGCUAGCCAGAUGCGGAGGAAGCAGCGUGGGCAGUGCAGAGAGAUGAUGAGGUAAUGAGAAACCUGACAGAAAGUAGAUGAAAAUACAUGCACUAAUUUAAAUUAUAAGAGCUAAUGGGAGAAACCUAAGCUAAGGUCGGGCUUUCAUAAUUAAUAAUAACUCUCCAUGUCAUUAUUUGCGAGCUGGCAGCCCAAAGAAAAAUCUGAUUACCAAAAAAAAAAAAAAAAAAAAAAAAAAAUCUGAUUACCUGGCAUGGUGGUCCCAGGUCAAGACAAGGUGCUUUUGGAAAAUACCUCCAGAUCCCAGGCAUAAGCGAGCCUAUGUCUGAGGGCAGCCAAGCUGAGAAGACCUCAGAAGGGUCUGGGAUAGAUUUUAUCCAGGAGAAGAGGGAACACACUUGAGACACUUUCAGAAGCCUGAGACACACCAAUGGUAGGAACCAGCGAAUGGUGAGCGUGGUCUUUAUAGAGAGAGGGGCCAUUGAGAUCCGUCUGUUGUGCCUCCCUUAUGCUCUGUGGGGCAGACAUCGCUAAUCAAUUCCUAUAUCCCUGACUUCCAAACUGUUCAAAACAGAAACCCAGCAAUCAUGGCUGGUACGUCAGAGCUGGCUUGUCGAGGAGCUGGUUUGGGGGAUGGGAGGGGUUACAGUGGAGCCAAGUAACCCAGUGAACCCAGCUUAGACACGGUGGUCAGAGUUCACUGGUGAAAUGAACACGUGCAGGCUGUUUGGACUGGGCACGGCUCUGUGGCUGGGGAACAGGGUUCCAAUGGAGGAGAGCAGGCUGGUUCGUAGACUGAGCACAGGAAGAGAGACUUUGAACUUAGCUCAAGUAACUGCUAAGACAAGGGCAAAGCCAGGCAAGUGCUCUGACAGCCUCCUGAUGAGAUGGUGUCUGAGGAGGAACUAGGGAGAUGCACCUAGCAGGAAGGGGAAUGGUUCUGCCACAAAGGCUGAGGAAGGGAGGUGCUUCUGAGGAGUAUAACCACAGGGUGGAAGAGGGGUAGACGACAGAUCUGGGAGAAGCCAACUUGGUGGCAGCAGCCGGCACAAUUACCAGGGAGUCACAGGUACCAUGUCCCUGUCUGCAGCUGGGGGCAGCCAGCUGGCAUCUGCUUCCCAUGGGCUCGGAGUCUAGGCUGACCACUUGACUUUGGGGAGUAGACUGGGGUUUACCGACCUCCUGGUCUCAGCUUUCGCGGGACCUAAGUGUUAGCCGGCUCUCUGAGGACCGUCUGCCUUGCUUUUUUCUAGUAAGAGUUCUUACUGCUUUUAGGGGGAGGAAAAUGAAGCUUGAGUUACUUUCCACGUUAAGCCAGUCCAUGCCCUCUUUAUACAAAAAUAAGUAAAGAGACAAUUGGAAGAUAGAGAAGGGCAUAAGAAAACUCAUUUCUGCCACCCAAAGACAUCUCCUGCUGGGGUGUGUGCCUCUCGGGUCCCUUUCCUCUGUUUGUGGGUUUUGUUUGGAUUGGUUUUGCUCGGGUGUGUUUGUGCUGAACAUACAAUUCUGCUGCUUCCUUGUGCACACGGCAUUUUCAGAAUAAGCAUCUUCCGUGUUAUUACAAACCCUGGGUAAACAUCAUUUCAAUAGUCACAGAAUAUUCCAGCAAGUGAACGCAUCUCACUCUGUUUAAACAGGCUCCCCUCCCUUUGGGCCUGUGGAUUUGUCCCCCCUGUUGAUUUCGUUUUCUAUCAUAAAUAAAAUGGUCUUUGUUUCCUUA